UGGGUACCCAUCCUAGGGACCAGCACAGGCUCUGUCAUUCAGCCACAUAACCAGCUACCAGCUCCUCUUUCCCCUUAUUGGAGAGUGUCCUGAAUAUAUCUAGUUUCUGAUGAUGGCCCCAUGAAAGCAGUGGCUGCCUGUCUGUGUCUAUUUUUGUGUACAGGCUGAACCACCCUGGGGUUGGUGGGUAUGAGCAGCUGCCCUGGCUAAAUCGCAAAACUCCAGGGAGGGAGGGGAGAUAAGAGGGAUUUGGCACUGAAGCCAAGAAUACUCAGGGCUGUUAGAUGCACUAAUAAAUUUGACCUUGGGACAUUUAAUAUGUGGCCGAAAUUGUUUGAAAGAACUUUGGGGAUCCCCUGUUUCUAAUAAAAGCUUCCAUGGAAAAACCAGCAUUCCUCCCUCCUGCCCACCCUUGCCCUCAGUCCAGGAAAGCAAGUUGCCAACCUUCUGCUGAGGUGGCCACUUAAAACCUAGACUCAAGGAGUUCCUGUUGUGGCUCAGAGAGUUAAGAAGUGGCCCAGGUCCCAGAUGCAGCUUGGAUCUGGUGUUACUGUGGCUAUAGCACAGGCUGGCAGCUACAGCUCCAAUUUGACACCUGGCCUGGAAACUUCGUAUGACACAGAUAUGGCAGAAAAAAACAAACAAACAACAACAACAACAAACCCAGACUCACGAUAAAGCUUCUAGGAAGUACAUGAACCUGACUCUGGCUAAUGAUACAGUGUAGGCCUCACCGUGAAGAAACUGAGCUCCAGGAAUGAUGAGUGAGUGGAAGAAGGUCAUAGUGCUGGGUGAUGACAGGAUUUGGUUAGAAUUAGGAGUCCCAACCCCUGUCUGGCCUUCUUACUUUUUUUUUUUUUUUUUUUUUGGUCUUUUUUUUUGUCUUUUUAGGGCCUCAUCUGCGGCUAAUGGAGGUUCCCAGGCUAGGGGUCCAAUCAGAGCUACAGCUGCCAGCCACAGCCACAGCAAUGUGGGACCUACACCACAGCUCGGGCAACGCCAGAUCUUUAACCCACUGAGCGAGGCCAGGGAUCGAACCCGCAACCUCAUGGUUCCUAGUCAGAGUCCUUUCCGCUGCGCCAUGAUGGGAACUCCUAGCCUUCUUUUCAUAUUAUGGAUCAUAGAGCGCUUCCACUUAGCAAAUUGUUUGUCUGCUGGAUGUCUUCGAGAAUGAUGCUUAUCUACAGAAGUACCUUUCCCAGAGUGCUCUGCUUGGCAAUUUCUGCUCCAUCCUUUGGAGCUCAGGAAAGUCUUCCUUGACCAGCCCCCAGUUCUAAAUCAGGUCUCUCUCUGACAUACCCAUACAUCUUCCUCAUACUUUUUUGGGGGAACUUACCGCAAGUCUAAAUACAUUUAUUUCUGUUAUUCAAAAUAAUUGUCUCCCUGAUCAGAUGCUCAGGUUUCAUGAGGGUGACUACUGCAUCUUCUUUGUUCAUUGAGGUAUCUUCACAUUGCAGGGUCCUUGGCACUCCCAUGAGCUCAGUAAGACAAAGCUGAAAUUGAGGCCUGAGUGGAGCCAGCAGACAAGAGGGUAAAUGGAUCUUCAGGUCUAAGAAAACUCACUCCCAACCAAUUCAACCAGGAUGGAGAUGAAACAGGGUCAGAUUCAGCACUGUCUUAGUCUGUUUCACUGCUGUGACAAACUGCUAUGGACUAGAUGGCUUAUAAACAAUAAAAAUUGAUUACUCAUAAUCCUCGAGACUGACAAGUCCAAGAUCAAACCAUUAGCUGACUUGUUGUCUGGUGAAGACCAGCAUCCUGGUUCAUAAAGGGCUGUCUUCUCACUGUGUCCUCAUUGGAGGAAGGAGCUAAGGAGUUCCUGGGGAUCUCUUUGAUGAUAGUUCUAAUCCCAUUCAUGAGGGCUCCACCCUUAUGACUUAAUCCCCUCCCAGAGGCCCCGCCUCCACAUACCAUCAGGUUGAAUGUAUGAAUUUGGGGGGCAAACACAUAUUCAGUUUAAAGCAAACAGAUUCAUCACAUUUAUCUAGGAUUUCCUCAGGUUCAUCUUGAGUCCCUGAUAAUUCAGAUUUCUCUGUAUGGUCUACACGGUGAUAAAUCCCACAUACCUUUCAAGUGUCCCUUGUCCAAGGUGUCCUUGGUGUACUUCGCAUUCUACCCAGGGCGGGAUGUACAUUAGUCCAAUUGCCACUGUGCCCCCAGUUCUGAGUUGAGGUUCAGUUCUCACCACACCUGAUGCUCUUAGGUUGUGAACAUGCCUACACCACCUCCCACCCUGAUCUUAACUUUUCAAAACGGUGACUCCCUCCUUUCCACUUCUUAGGCCAAAGACCUUGGCAUCCACCUUGCCUCUGUCUUUCCCUCUCACGCCACAGCUAAUCCAUCAGCAAAUCUGUGGGUCCUUUCCAGCAUAGCAGUGGGGGAAUCUUGUACAUUGCAACUCAAAUUGUGUGCUGCUGCACUUCGCCAGUGACCCCAUGCCUUUCAGAGUGACAUCCUGCGACUUAUGCCUCUGGACUAAUACUUGAUGGCUCCAUGUGACACAGCCUUGCUCCACUCCCAUCUCCAGCCACCAUUCCCUAGCUCACUUGGCCCCAGGGACAGCAGUCUCUUUGCUGCUCACCGACACAUUGAGCGCAUGUCCCUGUCAGUAACUUUGCGUGCUGUGUUCCCUGUUUGGACUGUCUUCUCCCAAAUGUCACACUUAUAACCUAUCUUUUAUUACAAUUCAUAGGUUAUAUCACUGUUGUAUUUUUAUGGUUAUUUUACUUUAUUAUCUCUUUUAAAUCAGACAUUUUUUCCUUUCUUAUAUCCUACUUCCUAGAAAAAUAAAUAUUUAUUGCAUGCAUUUAUUGCAUGAAUAUCAGCAACCUUCACCUUUACUCCAUUCAAAAGCUAGGCUUAUUUCAGACAGGUUUGCACAGAGGACAUGUUAAUUUCUGAGCUUGUUGGGAUGUCCAUUUCAGGCAAGUCACCUGGUCUGAGUUCCAGUCCAGUUGUCAGUGGUCUUCAGUGGAUAGUCUUGGGCAUGGUGGUGUGCCGGCUCCAGCUCUUGGUGGCAGUGGUCAACUGGACACAUCUGUUUCCAACUGUAUUCAGCGCUUUUGGUCUGGGUGCUUGAAGUGGUGGGAGUAUUUACACUGUAGAAACUGACAAAUUCCUUACAUCAGGGUUUUUUGUUUUUUGUCCCUCCCCCCGCCCCCGCCACACACAAAGAGUCAGCUAUUAGAGAUUUUCUAGGACAAGGUUUCUUAGUAAAUGUUACUCCUCCCACUGCACAGUGUGAUCAGAUCUGAGAGCCAUAUUUUAAGGGAAGUGUUUAUAAGCGAGAUGGUGAUGACAGGGAAGAAGAGUUGAAAGCCCUUUUGACAUUUCCCCUGGGGAUACAUGUGAUACCUGAUCAUCAAAUAUAUCAGGGAUGGCCAGUGUCAGGAGGACUAAGCACUAUAGUGGGCAGAUGGGCAGGACUGGAGAAUGUGUUGGAGAGGAUGAGUCUGAAAUCCUCUAGGUUUGGUGUCUGGCUCUAAUUUGAGAUGUGGGGCCUGGAAUGGGUUGAUUAGUUACCUUAAAAUGAAAUUUAUAUUACCUAUUUAAUAGGAAGGUCUUGACAGUAAAAAAAGAAAAAAGAAAGAAAGAAAAGAAAGAAAAAAAGCAUUCAAUUCCGUUUCCCCAGAGCUGAGGGGUGAGUUUUAGUGAGGCAUGUUUCAAGUGAAUAAAAGUAGAACUUAAUAGAGACUAAAAUGGCAAGUGAAGCUCCUCAGAACUGUCCGAGCUGUUCACCUUCAGAGAAGUUGGAGAAGGGGAUUCCUGUGUUGGAGGGAGGCUGGUCUGGAUAACCACACCCUAAGAUCCUGUCUAUAUACUAUUUCUAAAGCCAGAAACGUCCCUAGGCAAGUCACUGACCAGUGUUUUCUUUUUUCUUUCUUUUUUUGCCUCAUUUCCUCCAUCUAUCAGACAAUCAUCUCAUUGUUGUUGAGAUGAUUAAGUGAAAUCAUCAUUUGAAAUGUUUAUGGGUCCAGAAAUAAAGGUACUUUUAUCAUUCUCAUACAUUACUAUUCUUAUAAUAAAAACACUACACGUUGGGAUGGGGCAGCAUUCCCUAUGACAUGGAAAUGAAGAAUCCCUGCCAAGUUGCACACAACCGAUAAUAGAGGGUAAAUAAUUAAAAGACAACUCUAUUGUCAGGUCUUUUGUCUAUAUUAUGUGGAAGUAAGCUUGUGUGUCUUAGAAUUAGCAUGCUUGUAAUAUCCCACUGGGUCAAGGAAAGCCUUAGGGUGGAUGGAGAGAUUGGGCCACUGCUGUUGACAUUCACAUGCUUCCCAUUUAGCCACGGCAAAGAGAGUUGCUGGACACAGCUAGAUAUGUGUGUCUGCCCUCUUGCUCCUCUUCUGCUCCUCAAUGAGCCUUCUUCAUACAGCUCACCAUGUAGCAAUGGGGCCUCUGCCCUCUGUAUUAUGGGCCUCGCUCACCUCUAUUCCUAGCUACAAUGCCUUAGAUCUGAAAUUUCUUUUUAUCAAAAGACCUGAGGAUCACUUUUUUUUUCUUGCCUGUUUAUAAGUGAAGCACAGCAAAUAGCUAUCCUGGGAAUAGUUGCAGUGUGAUUAUAGUGUAAUUGAUUAAUAGUAGAUAUGCUCCUAAAACCAGGUAGGAAGGGAUGUAGACAGAGACAAGAGGCUGCUUAACUCCAUGCAAGGCCAGUGAGGGAUGGAGAGCCUAGAUUCCCCUAAACAUACACUUAGGCCUCACCACCUCCUCAGUUCUACCAGUGGCCUCCUUGCCAUCCUACCACUAUGCCAUUUUUCCUGUACCUCACCCCUAAAUGCCCUUAGUAAUAGACAGUUUGCAUGAAGCCUGAUAAUGCUUUAGGUGAAUAGCCAGGCCAUCCAUAGCCUUUUCCAGAUUCACAGUCUGUCAAAUUGUGAGGUAAUCUUACAGAAUUCCUCAUGUAGAGAUGGGAAAUACUAAGGGCUAGGCAGGAAUGUGACUUGCUCAAGGUCGCCAAAUGAAAAGCCAAAUGUUGCUGAAAAGUGGACAUCGCUGGUCCCUGUGGUGGGCCCUUUGUGCUAAAAAUAAAAGGCUUAGGCAUGUGAUAACUAAAGGGGGUCUCAGACUCAGUUAGCAGUGACUUCCGGUCCUGCUGAGGUAACAUCUGUGUGUUAUGUUGAUUUUGCUCAGGCUCAGUGGGGAGUAUGCAGAAAGGCAUCACCCACUGAGCCAGCCAGAAAUUCUGGGCAAGUUUGUCCAAAACUGGGUGGACACAUGCUUUCAGGGAGAACCAAUUAAAGGGUAUCUUAUUUGGAGAAGAGGUCCAGGGAGAUAUAAUCCACAUCUGAUGGACUCUGAUUAAAAGAAAACCUUCAUUUUGCAGAUACCUGUUUGAGAUGAUUUUCUUAUUCUUGAGAGUAAAGGCCCAUUUUUUGCAUAUUGUAGUCCAGGCAGCCCUACGUGAAACAGAUAUAUGCACACCCCAGCAAAGACGAGUUAGUGGUGAGCCAGCUGUUUCCAGAAGUCCUGUAUAAAAUCCAAGAGGACUGGAUUUUUAAUGAAGUUCCAGGAUGUUCAUAUUUCAGAGAAUAUUGCCUCCUUCAAAGUUGUCAUGUGAGGGAUCUAGUCCUGUGAACACUAGUCAAGGGUGUUCUCUUAGCUUAAUACACUGGCAGAGGCUGUGGCAGAUGCUAUAGAAAAUCUUGGAUGCUGAAGAAUCAUCUGGAAGCAGCCAGAUGUCUCAGUCCUCAAAGAGCUCCCAUCCUGGGAAUGGCAGGACCGAGGGAGUACUCAGCCAGCACAAUGGCUAUGACACUGUACAAUUUUACAGCGCAAGAGCCAGACCAUUUGUGGAAGAGCUUGCAUAUCAGUUGUGCAAACAGUUUUCAAAUAGACACUCAAAGAGAUUUUCAUUUCAACCAAUAACAAAACAUAUAAACAAACAUGUUCCUCUUGGUUAAUUUUAAAAAAUAAGCAAAUAACCUGAUUUACUUCUUUAAAAAUACUUAGAAAUGAAAACCAAAGGGGGAAUAAAAAAGAAAACUGUAAGUGGAGGUAUUUGGUAAACAAAGAAUGUCUUUUGAUUUUUAGUUUUGUGAAGGCUAUUUCUUGAAAAUCCGAGGAGGAACUCAGGUUUCACUUCUCCAUCUUUGAUGAAGAUGGUUGUCUGUCUUCCCUAAAGGUCCCACCUCCUGCUGUCCAGUUCCUUGAUCCUGUCAAGUACAGAAGUGUCCCUACACCUCAUGCUCCUUCUAGUUCUCAUGGUGUGUUGGAUUUGAAGAGGGCAUACUAGCACAUUUAAUGCCUGCAGUAACAGAUGGCUUUUCCUGUAUUAUUAAAAGUGCCUUCUUAUGUGGUCAAAUGACAUUACUCUUCCUUGGGAUUCAGCUCUCCUCUUCCCUUUUUUCUGAAUGCCCCCCCCCCCAGUUGUGUCUUAGUGCAUGUCUCUAAAAGGCAAAGAUCUUUACUAGGUGGAAUGAGGUUACCCACGAAGGCACUUAGAUUAUUGACAGUGCCACACAUAUGUAGUAGUUAAGAAUGAAGAUAUGCUUUGGUUUCAGAUGGAACUGAGCAUGUUCUCCGGUCCUGUCAAUUACUGUCUUGUGACUUUGAAUUAGCUGUUUAAUGUAGCCAAGUUUCUGCUUUCUCAUUUAUAAAAUGGGUAUAAUCAUAAUACUGCCCUAGGAGGUUCUCAAGAGGAUUUAAUGAAAUGAGCUGAUCCUUGGAAAGCGUUUAGUAGUUUAUGGGGAGUCUCGGCAUCUGUGUUGGUGCCUUGAACUUGGCACACCCUUAUUAGCUGGAAGGAAAAAAGGAAAGGAGGAAGGGAGGAAGGAAAAGAGGGAGGGGGGCAGAGGGGUAAGCUUGGUUACAGAGAGAGGUUCAUAUGAUGAUUAUCAAUGUUUGCAGCUGUGCCCAGUGUUUAGUGCAAUCUUGAAUGAGUCCUGGGUCAGCCAAGGGUUCCAGAAUUAAGCUCCUUUGAAAAAAAUGUCAAGCUGAGCUCAGAGAAACAUGGCGGGGGCGGGGGGGAUCAAGAUGAUAGGGUGUACCUGAGAUGCCUUCACCGUGAGGCUGCAUGGGGUUGAUGGGAAGAGGGAAGCCUGGUUCCUACCUGCAUGGCGGGUCAUCUGGGGCCUGGCUGAUAGUGGUAGCAAUAUCCCUGGGCCAGGACUGACUCCUUAACAGAGCAGAGAGGGAGAAAGCACUGAUUCCUGAAGGGGUUCAUGGAUACUGUAGACAGAGAACUGCACUUGUCGUUAUUCAGAGCUAUAUCCAAAUUCCAGUUCUGCCACUUUUUACCCCAUAACCCUGGGCAAAUUAGUUAUCCAGUUUGAGCCUCGGUGUGCUGAACUGUGAACUAGUCAAAAUAAUACUAUCCUGCAUUGAUAGUGUGAAGAUUAUGAGGGAUAAUAGAGUUAAAACAUUUACCUGUAUAGACAAAAGUAGGUUCUGAAAAACCAGUUGUUUUUUCUAUUAUGAUUGCCAAGAUUUCAGGGUAGGCUUUCAAAGGAGGAGAUCCUUCCACUUUACCUGAGGCUGACAAAAGCUGUGGCUACCUGCAGCUGCAAGGCUUAGCUCUCAUUGGGUACAGCUUGACUUUAUCCCGUUUAGAUAUUUACCUGUAAUUGUGAUUAAUUGCUCUCUAUUUGGCCCUAGGGACCCAGAUUCUUAGCCAAAUUGGCUACAGUAAGCUGAGGAACAGAGAUUUUGACUCCAGUGCUCAGAUGCUCUCUGAAGCAAUCACCCUUCUGACUUUUCCAUUCUCUGCUGCUGAGUGAACUUAGGGGUAUAAAUUGAUUUCCUUGGAUUCACCAAGGGGAUGUGUUAGAAAGCUUAAAUUCUAGUCUUGGAGCCAAGUGAGCAGAUCAUUUGGUCAGUUCUAAGCAGAAAUUCAACACGUGACUAGUAGGUGGAGAUGAUGAUGUACCCGCCCCAGCAUCCAACUUUGCUUGGUGUGUGUUCAGGGAGAGGAACCUCCUUUACUGGCUUUUUAUGGGCUUUGGGAACAGCCCACAGAUGCUUGCAAUGCAAUGUGAAUUCCACCUUUUGUUUGAAGGAAGGAACCUACAGCCUAGAUCGUGUGCCUGAGAAGUAACAUGUCUUUAGCUCCUUACUUUCCUGAUAAGUUAAUUAUGCUUUCUUAAGUGUAUAGUUUGGUAAACUUCAGAUGAAAAGACUAGACACCCCUGCUAGCAGAAUGUAGAAAGAAAGGAAGAGAAAGCAUGAUUCCAGUGAAUAAUUCAUGGCAAGUAUUAAAGGUUGUAUUCUUAAAAUGAGGUCUGGCUGUGUAUCCAUUCUGCUUCUAGUAAGAGAUGACUCUCUUAGCAUCUUUUAAGAGAUGAGCUGGUUCAUUCUCUUCCCCCAGGUAUGUUCUGUUAGCACUGGGAAAGGCUCACUCCCCUCUGUAGAUGUCUUCUCUUUUAAGAUAGGCGUUUUCAAUUUUUAUUUUUUAUUAAGUUUUUAAAUCAAAUAGAUCAUUAAUGGAAGUGCAAUAUAAAACACCAAUAAAAGUUAUUCUGGUCUGGCUAAAGUGGGAUAAGGGCCUGGAACUCUACAUCUCAACUUCUCUUACCUGCAUUGCCAUCCCUAAGAGCCUUUAUUGGAACCCAGGGCUCCUUAGGGGCAGUUUGAAACCACUGUUCUAGCGGUUUCCUAUGUGUGGUUCAUUCUAAAAUGUCAGAGGCAACGUAGAGGACCUGACAGAACCUCUAAAAACACACAUUCCAAAAAUUGCAGGUAGUGAAAAAGAACAUGCAUCAGCCAAAACAGGCUCCCAUGUGUCUCUACCAUCUACAAAUAGUAUAGCCUCGGAAACAACUCAACCUUCUUCAGCUACUGUUUAUCAAAAUGCAUAAUACAUGAGGAUAUGAACAUUCAUGUCAUCAGUUUACACCAGUUUAACUUUGUAAACCUCCCACGCAAUGCCAUGCAAGAGGCCCUACAUCCAUGAAAUCCAGUUGCCUUGGUCUACAGAACAAGGAAUUUAAAAGGAAUUCUGGGGAAUUCAAAACGGUCAGGAUGAACGUUUCUAGGUUCACCAGGUUCAACCAACAUAAAACAAAACUUCUUGUCUCACUAAGUUCUAGAUUAGGGCAUUCAGAGGCCUUUUCUUUCAUUAUGGGUCUCUGUACUUAUGGCUCUAAUCUAUUAGAAGGAUUGAAUACAUUCUCACCCAGAAGUUGAAAUGGCUGUGACCUGAACAAUAACCAAAUAUACACACUACUGUAAGAGCCUGGAUAUUAUGUGCAAGGUCAUACAUGGAAUCUUAGGGGGAAAAAUGUAAACGCCCUUUUGGCUGUAUAUCUAGGGGAAUUUUUCAUAGAUCUCACCUGUAAAUAUUAGAACCCCAUCAUUUAAAAAAUAAUAAAAGAAAAAUGUAAGCAAUCAAGAUCAGGCUUUCUGGGAGAUAUAUUCAGUUAUUAUUAGUCAUCCUGGCUGCUCUUUGGAAUAGAGCCUGAAGCUAAGACUUGGAGGUAUCAGUGGUUUCAGGUUUAACCUUUAAAUUCCAGGAGGCUGAGGGGAUUUAGCAAAAGGACGCAGCCCAGCUAGGAUGGCCACCUCAAGCAUGUCACUUACUUCUUAGGCUGGGGAGGAAACUGACUGCCUGGCCUCUGCAUUGCCCUCCCUACAUGAUUUGGCAUUUAGAACUAAUGCUUUCUGAAUUGUAGGGUUGGGUGGGGCCUCAAUGGGAUGCUGACCCCAUGCAGCAACCUGAGUGACCAUCUGUCUAAAUUCCUGUUUGCACACUGGGAAUGGAGACGCAGGACAAAACUAUCUUCUCACCCUCCCGUCUGUCCUUCUGAUUAGGAAUUCUUCCAGAGAGUAUAGAUAACCUCUUAGAAGUGUUUUGUGCCGGAAAGUUCCUGGAAAAAAGAGAGAGAGACUAGAUAGAAUCUGUUUUAUCCCUGAAGUGAGACAGACACAUGGGGUACUCGAACUGUGGUGCCUGAGGGAACAUGGGAUUCACUUUAUAGGGGGUAAAAUAAGCCCUGAGUAGAAGAAGUGACUCUUCAACUAGGCCUCAUGGUGAGCGGAGGCAGACCCAGGCUGGAACACGGGUUUUCUCCCUCUGGGUCUAACUUUUGUACAACAGUGUCCAUUUCUCAUCCCUGUGAGGAGUAGGAACCUGUUGGUUCCAUUUUCCCUCCGUUCAUUCAAUUUCCACAUUUCCUUCUGCCUUCCUGGAAUUUUGUCACAGGCUCACUCAUGGUUGGUGGUUCCAGAGCCCAUUCCUUGGUAGAAACCUUCCUUAGUUUUUUUUCCUUCUCUCUACCUUUACCCCGAUUACCUUGCCACUCCCUGCCCCCCACUUUUGAAUCACCCAGGCCCCAAGUGUUAGGGCAUCUAGAACGUUCUUUCAGUUGCUUAGAUACGGCAGACUUUGUUGUUCCCGCAUUUUCACUGGGUAAGUCACUCUUUCUGGGCCUCUGUUUCUAGCUGGUUUCUCACAACCUCAAUCACAGGUACAACUGAGUGUUAGUCUCUGCUUUCUGGGACACUGAGUUCCACACAGGCUGUCCCCAGCUGUUUUGUGGGUUGCUGGCUUGGGGUAGGAUGUCAUUCAUGUUCCAUCUUAUAGCCAAAGUAAGAAGCAAGUGACACUAAACAAAAUAAAAAGGGAGAAAAAGGUCCAUGUCUGGAGUUCCUGCUGUGACACAAAGGGAUCAACAGUGUCUCUGAAGUGCUCAGACCCAGGUUCGAUCCCUGACCUGGCACAGUGGGUUGAGGAGCCGAUCCCUGGCCUGGGAACUCCAUAUGCUGCAGGGUGGCCAAAAGAAAGAAAGGAAGGAAGGAAGGAAGGAAGGAAGGAAUCCAUUUCCUACAAAAUAGGAAAGGGAAAGGAGAACAGAUUGAAAAGAGGGUCAGCGAGGUAAAAAGCAUAUUUAAUGAAAGGAUGAUGUCUUUAAAAUAGCGUCAUCUGUUCUCCCCAAAGCCAUCCUUGCUCUGUUCCUUUAUCUAUGUACCUGCCUACCUGUGCAUCCAACCAUCUCAUAUGUUGUCAUCUACAUCUCUGGCCCACAAGGGAUGGAAUAUUUGAGGAGGGCAAACAACAUAGGAUCCCUAGCACAACCAGGCUUCAGUGUGUCCAGAUGCAUGUCGGCAAAGCUAAGACCCUUUUGGCCAGACUCCAGCAUGACCCACACUCCCACCACGUUGUGUCAGCAACUCCCUUCCCAGACACAGAUGUUCUGGGUCAGCCUGAGGAACUGGUGGCAAGUACUACAUCCCACCAUACCCAGAUGUGGCAUGUCCUUUUGAUAAGCAGCAGCAGAAGGGGAUGAUGUUCCUGGGGCUGAAGGACAUGGGGGAUCAUGGAGCAGCCUCCUCACUCCUUUGAGGCAAGGGCUGGGAGCUGUAGAAUUCAGUAGGUUAAAACAAAACUGUUUGAGGGCCAGUCAGGAGCCCAUGGCAGUCCCCAGCCAGUUCUGUGCAGGGGUGACUUCUGGUGGAAAGCACAGGGAGGAUCCCAUUCAAGGAGGCUGGUGGAAGAGGAGUGUGGGCUGAACGCCUCUGCUUGUGAAGCUGAAGGCAUGUCUCUCACCCAAGGGCCCCACAGCAUCUUUCAUCUUCCUCCAGUCCUACCGCUCCCCAGCCUGUCCUUUGGGCUUGGAGAGGCCAAGAAAAAAACUGAAUUUGCACCAAGAGGGAAACUGCAGCUCCUCAAAAGUGGAAAGCAGGGUCACCCUCCUAAUAUUCUGGAUGUGGACUGUUCCAGCGAGCAGCAAGACGUGUCAGGAAUGAGAAUGGCCUGAGAUAGGGCCCCAGGACUGCGGCCCUGCUCCACCAGGGAGAUGAAAGAAUUUUCUCCUUCCUUUGCCUUUUAAAUGUAAUUCUGUCUACCCUUCUCCCCUACACCCGCCCGGCCCUCUUGCUGGUAGCCGUGCAGACGUUUAGCCAUCCUGGGAAAAGGCAGGAUCCUUUUCAUUAACUUCAGCCUGAUUGAAGUCCCCACAGCCACAGCAGAUUUCAUUUUCCUCCCUCUUUGCCUCCCUAGCUGGGAUCCUUUCCUGACAGCUAGGAUGCUCUGAGCAGUGAACUCUUUUCCUGUGGGGCAGAAUGGGGAUGGGGUCUGGUUGGGGCAACAGUUUAUAGAAGCUCUGAAUCAGUGCUUUAGGGGACAGUGCUUUGUGGUAAAGGACAAAGUUCAUCUCUUCUAGGCCAUGCCUGAACCUCCCCUGAGUUCUGAGCCCAUCUUUCCUCCCUUCAGGAUGCAGGCCAGCAGCCAGCGGUACCUGACCCCCACCCACCCCCAGGUGUGAAGGUUGAACCAGACUGAGACAGUGACUAGUGGACAUUUCUGCAGAGGGCCUUCCCCCACCAUCCCCGCCCCCACACUGCUAGUUAACCCAGGCCUGUUGUUUGUUAACUAGCAGUGUGAUCAUGAAGAAGUCCCUUAUCUCUUCUGUAAAACAAGGACUUAGUCUGAAGUUUUCAGAUUCGUUUUAGUGGUAGAACAUCUGUUUCCCAAAUCAAUCUAUCUACAUGAAAGAAGGAGAAGCAGAGCUUGGGUUGAAAGGAGGGAGAGUUAGAUGGGCACAGUGGGGAUCAUCUGUCUACACCACCUCUUCUUCCUCUGGCUCCCCAGCAGAGGUGGCUCCUGAGCCCCCUGCAGACACAGUCAUUUCCCCUUCCCCCUGGGACCUUUGACUGUCCCUUCACGUCCUGCCACCUUGUAAACUAGAAGUCUUUUGGGGGGUCCAGAUCUAGGUGGUCUAUGAUUUUGAAAUAUGGGAAGACUUCCUGGUGGGUUUUUCUAAUCCACAUCUGAGCACCACCCUUCAUUAUUCCAAGGGUCAGUUCGUCUAUACAACCAUUGGCUUGAGAAAGGGGAGUGUUCAAGGAGCAGCAGAUGUGUUUUGCCCAAGAGCUCAGGUAUCUGUUAGAGCUAGGAGGCAGGGGCUGGUGGCUGGAUGCUGAGGAGAAUCAGGACCAGUGGGAGAAGAGGUCACAGGGCUUGCCUGUGCUUGUUUCCCAGGUCAGAGAACACCUUGAAUGUGCAUUGGAUUGUGUGAGAAACAGGCCAGAGUCCCCAAGCUCCUCACAGCCAGUGACCUUGCAGCCAGCGACCUUAAAGGAUUUCAGCCACAGGCUUAUGAGCGGCCACAGAAACACUCAGCAAUCCAUUAUGACCCAGGCCUCCCACAGGACUUCACCGGUGACACCUUAAAACCAAAGCACCAGCAAAAAAGCAGCAGCCAGAACCACAUGGACUGGUCCACCAACUCUGACAAUGGACCUGCCACUCAGAAUUGCUUCAUCAGUCCAGAGUCUGGCAGAGAAACUGCAAGCACCAGCAAGAUCCCAGCUCUUGAGCCCAUGGCUUCCUUUGCAAAGGCCCAGGGUAAGAAAGGCAGUGCAGGGAGCACAUGGAGUCAGCUGUCCAACAGUAGCAAAGAUCUGCUCUUGGGAGGUAUGGUUCCGUCUCCAGGCAACCACAGCUCACCAGCCCCACCCAGCAGCUCUGCUGAGUCCAGUGGGCUUCAACCCUUGGUAGAUCAAGAUGGAGUAGGUGCCAAGGAGCCCUCAGAACCCCCUACUCUAGGCAGCAAGAAAAAGUCCAGUAAAAAAGAUGUGCUAAGUCAAACUAUACCAAACUCAGACCUAGACUGGGUCAAGAAUGCUCAGAAAGCAUUUGACAAUGUGGAAGGGAAAAGGGAAGUCUAUUCGACAGAUAAUGCCCAAGAAGCAUCACCAGCCAGGCAGAAUGUGAGUUCCGUCAGUAAUCCUGACAGUGACUCAAGCCAUGUCCGGAUUACUAUCCCUAUCAAGGCACCCUGUCUAGAUCCAAGCAGCCAUAAGAGGAAAAAGAGGCAGUCCAUCAAAGCUGUGGUGGAAAAGAUCAUGCCUGAGAAAACCCUGGGUUCUGGCAUCACUAUGAGCAGCGAAGUAGUUAGUAGGAUACUUUCCAACCCUGACGGUAAUAAAAAAGAUCCCCGUGUUCCUAAGUUGGGUAAAAUGAUAGAGAACGAGUCCCCCUCAGCUGGCCUUGAAACCAGUGGAAACGCUGAGAAAGUCGUCCCGGGAGGUGUACCUAAGCCGCGGAAGCCACCCAUGGUCAUGACGCCUCCAACAUGCACAGAUCACCCUCCGAGAAAGCUGCCGGAAAUCCAGCACCCCAAAUUUGCUGCAAAACGGAGGUGGACGUGCAGCAAGCCCAGACCCACCAACCUGCUCCGGGAGGCGGUCAUGGCCCCCUCUGAUAAACUGAUGGUGGAGCCACCAUCUGCAUAUCCCAUCACCCCCUCCAGCCCACUGUACACCAACACAGAUAGUCUCACUGUCAUCACGCCAGUCAAGAAGAAGCGGGGACGACCAAAGAAGCAGCCUUUGCUCACUGUUGAGACGAUUCACGAGGGAACUUCUACCAGUCCAGUCAGUCCCAUCAGCCGGGAGUUCCCCGGCACCAAGAAAAGAAAGAGACGACGUAGUUUAGCUAAGUUGGCCCAACUCGUGCCAGGAGAGGACAAACCCAUGAGUGAGAUGAAAUUUCACAAAAAAGUUGGGAAGCUUGGGGUGUUGGAUAAGAAGACCAUCAAAACUAUCAAUAAGAUGAAAACACUCAAGAGGAAAAAUAUCUUGAACCAGAUCUUGUCCUGCUCCAGUAGCAUGGCCUUGAAGGCCAAAGCUCCCCCGGAGACCAGCCCCAGGGCAGCGGGGAUUGAGAGCAAACUGGGCAAGCAGAUUAAUGUCAGCAAGAGGGGCACCAUCUACAUCGGCAAGAAGAGGGGCAGGAAGCCAAGGGCAGAGCUGCCACCCCCAUCCGAAGAACCCAAAACAGCCAUCAAGCACUCGAGGCCUGUUUCUAGCCAGCCGGAUGUUCCCGCCGUGCCUUCCAACUUUCAGUCACUUGUGGCGUCUUCACCAGCAGCUAUGCACCCACUUUCAACACAGUUAGGUGGGUCCAAUGGCAACCUGAGCCCCGCCAGCACUGAAACCAGUUUUUCAGAGUUGAAAACUAUGCCAAAUCUCCAGCCCAUCAGUGCUCUUCCAACCAAAACCCAAAAGGGAAUCCACAGUGGGGCCUGGAAGCUGUCUCCACCCAGGCUGAUGGCCAACUCCCCUUCACACCUUUGCGAGAUCGGGUCACUCAAGGAAAUAACGCUGUCCCCUGUGAGCGAGUCCCACAGUGAGGAGACGAUCCCAAGUGACAGUGGCAUUGGGACAGACAACAACAGCACGUCUGACCAAGCGGAAAAGAGUUCCGAAUCCCGACGGAGGUACUCUUUCGAUUUCUGCUCCCUGGACAACCCGGAGGCCAUCCCAUCUGACACCAGCACAAAGAACCGGCAUGGCCACCGGCAGAAGCAUCUCAUCGUGGACAACUUUCUGGCCCACGAAAGCCUCAAGAAGCCAAAGCACAAGAGGAAACGGAAAAGCCUGCAAAACCGUGAUGAUCUCCAGUUUCUGGCAGACCUGGAAGAGCUCAUCACCAAGUUCCAGGUGUUCAGGAUCUCCCACCGGAGUUAUACCUUUUACCACGAGAAUCCGUAUCCCAGCAUUUUUCGGAUUAAUUUUGAUCACUAUUACCCGGUGCCAUAUAUCCAGUAUGACCCGUUGCUCUAUCUUCGGAGGACUUCAGACUUGAAGUCAAAGAAGAAGCGUGGUAGGCCUGCAAAAACCAAUGACACCAUGACAAAGGUGCCUUUUUUACAAGGGUUCAGCUACCCUAUUCCCAGCGGAAGUUACUAUGCACCCUAUGGAAUGCCUUACACAUCAAUGCCUAUGAUGAACCUUGGUUAUUACAGUCAGUACCCAGCUCCUUUGUACUUGUCACACACGCUCGGGGCAGCCUCCCCGUUCAUGAGGCCAACAGUGCCACCACCUCAGUUCCACACGAGCUCCCACGUGAAGAUGUCUGGUACAGCUAAGCAUAAAGCGAAGCACGGAGUCCACCUGCAAGGACCCGUGGGCAUGGGCCUCGGGGACAUGCAGCCAUCCCUGAAUGCUCCCAAGGUGGGCAGCGCCGGUCUGUCCAGUGGUCGGCUCCACAAAAGGAAACACAAACACAAGCAUAAGCACAAGGAGGACCGGCUCCUGGGCACCCACGACAACCUGAGUGGUCUGUUUGCGGGCAAGGCCACAGGCUUCUCCAGCCACAUCCUGAGCGAGCGGCUAAGCAGCGCAGACAAAGAGCUCUCACUUGUGAGUGAGAAAAGCAAGCAUAAGGAGAAGCAGAAGCACCAGCAUGGUGAAACCGGCCACAAAUCUUCCAAGAACAGCUUUGAGGUGGACACCCUGUCCACACUGUCCCUUUCAGAUGCCCAGCAUUGGACGCAGGCCAAGGACAAAGGUGACUUGAGCAGUGAGCCUGCAGACUCGUGCACCAAAAGGUACUCCAGCAGUGGCGGGGACGGCAGCAGCACGAGACCGGAGACCCUGGAUGUGUUCGGUGAGAUGAACCCUCCGAAUGACAAGUGGGACAGUGAUGUGAGUGGGAGCAAAAGGAGGAGCUAUGAAGGCUUCGGGACGUACAGGGAGAAGGACAUCCAAGCCUUCAAGGUGAACCGCAAGGAGAGAAGUUCCUAUGAGUCCUCCCUAUCUCCAGGGCUACCAAGUCCCCACUUAAAAGUGGACCAAACAGCAACGCAUGGUAAGAAUGAGAGCUCAGCAACCACCAUGAUGACCAGGAAGAAGCCAGCCACAGUGGACAGUGUUGCAAUUCCACCAGCCCCAGUGUUAUCUCUCCUUGCUGCAUCUGCAGCAACGUCGGACGCAGCCAGUUCCUCCCUGAAGAAGCGAUUCAAGCGGCGGGAGAUCGAGGCCAUCCAGUGCGAGGUGCGGAAGAUGUGCAACUACACCAAGAUUCUGUCCACCAAGAAGAACCUAGACCACGUGAACAAGAUCCUGAAGGCCAAGCGGCUGCAGAGACAAUCAAAGACAGGCAACAACUUCGUCAAGAAGAGGAGAGGACGUCCCCGGAAGCAGCCCACGCAGUUCGAUGAGGACUCCAGAGACCAAAUGCCUGUGCUGGAAAAGUGCAUUGACCUCCCCAGCAAAAGGGGUCAGAAGCCAAGCCUGAGCCCGCUCGUUCUGGAGCCGGCCGCCAGCCAAGACACCAUCAUGGCAACCAUCGAGGCGGUCAUCCACAUGGCCCGGGAGGCACCACCCCUGCCUCCGCCCCCGCCCCCGCCCCUCCCACCGCCGCCCCCGCCCCCACCGCCCCCGCCCCCUCUGCCCAAGACCCCCAGAGGAGGCGGGAAGAGGAAACACAAACCUCAGCCUCCGGCCCAGUCGCCGCAGCAGCAGCCGCCGCCACCGCCGCCGCCACCGCCGCCGCCGCCGCAGCCCCUUCCCCCAGAAGAGGAGGUGAAAGCCAAAAGGCAGAGGAAAUCGCGAGGCAGUGAGAGCGAUGUCCUUCCCUAGGGUGGGUCUGGGCGUCUGAACCUGGGGCUUGGGGGGCAGCGUGUUGGAGGAGCAGUGAGCCGGGGCUGGGGCGGAAUCCCCUCUGCAGGGACACCAUGCCCUUCUCUCCAGAAGCUGGGCAGGCAGAAUAGGGCCGGAUGACGGGGUUGAGCCUUCAGGAGCUCUUGGGAAAGCAAAGCGGGGGGAUGUCUUCAAAAGAAGUGUGUCUGUGCUUCACAGCAGUUCCCAGCCGAGCGGCACUUCAGUAUGGCUAGAUCCUUGACAGGCAGCACAAGACCUAUCAGGGAGGAGAUAGAGGGUGGUGCUCUCUGACAGACACCAGACCUCCAGCAUCCAAGGUGCGCCCUUGAUUUCGCAUUUACUGGCCAGGAAAAUUGAAAGGGAAACACCCUCAAUUAGGAAACAUUCCAAGGGGAGAAAAGCUGCAAAUUGCUCAACUGGCUUUGUUGUAAUCCACCUCCAUUUAACUGGUCUUUAAUUCUUUUGGGUUUUCGAGCUCAGCUGGGCUUUGAGGCAUCAACGUCAUCUUCACUUGACCUGAAUCUUUCCGUUAGCGAUACAGUUUCUCAGAUGGACUCACGUCAUCAGAAGGUGGAAUUCUAGUGAUAGGCAACCUUAGCCAUGCAUCCAUAUCUUUCUGUGCAUCUCCUUUAUGACACAUACACUGAUGUUUAGUAUCAUCUGGUCCUGCUUUUUCUUUGCCCAUUGUAUUUCCAUAUUCCUUUUCAUUAACUUACUUGUUGCCUUUUCCUUGGUACACACCUAAAUAAUGUAAACCUGACCGGUGUCGUAAUGUUCACCCUUAGCAUGUUGUCGCAAGGAACUUGGCUUUGAAUCCCAGUCAUAGUGAAACAAAUACUUAGUAAUGAUAGAGCCUUUUAAAAAUAAGUGAUUUAGAGCAGGCGAAGAUAUGUUGACCCAGGGUGUGUCAACCAGGUUAUUUUUAUACUUCAAACAUAUUAGCAAAGAAUAGGCAGAAUAAAAUGGUGUUAAUGCCCCAUAGCAAAUGGAAUAACUAACUAAUCACCAAAAAAUUGAAACCCCAGGCCAACCAGAAAGACAAGUGUCUAGCAAUGCCUUGGUAUGUGACUUUUUUUUUUUUUUUUUUUUUUGGCAUACAAAUAACUAUCAAAGGUCAAUGGACAAAAGGAAAUAAAAGGACAGUAAAAGUCUAUUAUCUCUCCUCAUAAAAGCAAAUGUGAGUAAGUGUUCUUAUCUGGAAAAGAAAAAGAAAAAGAAAAAGCUCAAAGGGUGUCACCACUCCAAUCCUAUCAUGCCACCUUGGACAAAGUAUCCAAGUUGUGGUUGCCUUAAUAAACUGAAACAUUUUGUACAUAAUGUAAUUAUAAACCUAUCAGUCUGCAUGGAUGCAAACUGUGUGUGACAAAUCGUCUUUUAAAUGGUCAAUUUCAACUGUACAUUUCUCAUCCAUGUUGUACUCUAGCCAUUGGUUUAGCGUGGACAGAUAUUCCGUCUCUAUUAUUCAUCUCCACAGCCCAAGUAAAACAUGUUUAAACUCAAAAUGAAUAUGAAGUUAUUCCAUUGCCAUAGAUGUUUCCUAAAAGUCAGAUGUGGAAAUUUCAAAUAAAUAUUUUCAAUUUCCUUCUUCACUCCUCCCCUUACCUUCCCUAAGACAUCAAAUACCUGGUAUGGUAGAUUAUAAAAAGAGAGACACUAAGAGACAAUUAAAUUAAAUUUUCUAAUGGGAGUUAGAAUAUCUGGUUUACCUCCAAAUUAAAUUUCUUUACAGGAAGAUGGGAACAGCUGGAAAUUAUAUUAUCUCUUCAGAACACAACAUGAUUUCCUUAGAAAGAGAAGGAUUUUUGUUGGGAACAUAGGAGAAUAAGGUUAUUGGUUAUCUAUGGGGGUAUAUUUUAAAAUCCCAAGUUAAUAUGCUUGCAAACAUCAUGGUUCUAUCAUGGCACCAACAGUUUUUUGAAAUCACCCAGAAUCAUCCUGUUCUGCACUGUCACCACGGACUUCACAUCAUGUACUGCCACGGGAGGUCAGUCACUUUCAAUCCCAGCUAUAAGUUUAAAGGAAUACAUUCUCCAGUUCUUUAAAGCUUAUAUCAUAGAUACUCAGUUUGUGACCUAGGUUGACCUUUGGCAUUUCACACAAUUUGAACUGCAAAAUCAAACUAACCUCUUUCAAUUUGUCAUUCCCAAGCCAUGUCUGAGUGGCUCCAAAGUCACUCAAGAGGAAGAUUCAAAUUAGCCCCACUCACCCCACCAUUGCUAGGAAAGAGCAACCAUUUUCAUUCCAGUUAAGCCAUAAAGAGGUUUCCCUCUUGCUGGAUUUUGAAAGUAAUUUAUUUCAUUCUUUCUUUUGCCCUUCCUUCCAGUGCGGUCCUGUUUCCCCAACCAAGUCUGUGAGCAGACUAAACCUUACCCCAGAGGGGAAUGAGCUGGCACUCUCUAAGCUUUUUAAAGAAGGACCUAAAGCUUAAUGGGCAAUAACCUCUAGUAGGUGAGAAAUUUCAAAUUAACUCUAGGAUACAUUAGGAUUUCCAAACCAAUGAAAGGUGUUCCAGGAGAGACACAGCAGAGUUGCACCUUAUACAUAAAUUCAGUCUUACAGUUGUCACUUGAGUCAAAUGCUAAACUUCUACGUUUAUGACUCCAUAGAUUGGAAAGCUGCAGAGGGGCAAAACUGAAACAGACUGACCAGCUUUUUAGAGGUGGAAGCAAGUCCAGUCACCUGCACAGCUUCCCCUCUUCCCCAUCAAGCUCCUCCCUCAGUAUCACAUGACUCUUUUUGCUUUUUGCUUUUGCUUUCCAUUAACCUAACUCAUUGCUGUGACCAUUUCCUCAUUUCGUAACUACCCCCUUUGCCUCCCUUCUCCUGUCCAGACUCAGAUUGGGUCAGUCUAAUUCCACAUCUCCUGGAACCCAACACUGCCUUUUGUGGUUACAUUUCUAUUUAGAGAAAAUGUCAUUUGGGAUGCACAAGAUUCCAUAAACAGCUCCAAAAGAACUUCCUAAUAAAAGAAAUUCCUUGGUUUUCUUUUUUCUUUUUUCUAGAAUACUUAUCUUCAGCAAGCAGGCAUGAACCCGCUUAUAGGAAGUCUGAUUAAGGGGGAGCAAAGGAUGAAGAUGACAUAAAAACUACCUUGAAAAUGAUGAUGGGUCUCUGGUCCACCUUCCUGAGUUGCUGGAGAGCCACUUGCUUUUCACCCUCUCAUCUCAAAUGAGGGGAGCAGAGUUUAACUUUCUCUAACAGCAUGGCUCUGGCUUACAACCCAAGGAAGAUAGGUCAGAGGAAAGGAGAGCUUGUCAGGGCUGGCUCAUGAUUUGGCUGGCCUGGGACUCCACAGCCACUGACAGCCCCUGAGUAGGUGACUAAGGGCUGACAGGAUUAGCAUGUUAACUUGGCUGCUGUCCAGAAUGAGAAGCCAUGUUCGAUGGCAGUUGGAGUUUGUGUGCUGGGCAUUGCUGGGUCUAUAAAUAUGAUAAGCAAGUGGUGACAGAAUUAUAGUAUAAGGUGAUGUACUACAUGGAGAUCAUAAAGGAUUUGGUUUUAGGACUUAAGUAGAAAAUCCCACUCCUACAGCAUAUUACCCAACAAUAUUCAGAUAAUGAGCUUUUGGAGAAUAUUUUUUUUUUCCCUACCACUAGGAAGAUUUACCUGGGAACUGUCUAAAGUCUACACAUAUAUUUCCAAAGCCUUUAAACACCAACUGUAGCAUGGAGGGUGGGGGAGGGGGGUGGCAGAAGCCGAAAUGCCUCAAAAGCCAUUUAAGUGUUACAUUGCAGGAUUUUCAGUCCUUCUCAUUAUGUGACAGUAGAUAAAUAUAGACAUUAUACUCAACACUGCCCUAUAGUAUCACAAUGGUCCAAAUGCCAGAGCUUACAGAUAAUGUCAUCACAGUGCCUAGAAACUCAAACUGUAAUAUACCGUAGCAUUUUCUUGGUGUUUUUUAAAGUUUCUUUCCACAAUACCAGGCACCCCCUGCCUCUAGUUUCUUGGAGCGUUUGUCCCACUAAUGAGUCUGCCUCCCUUGUUGGACUCGGUCACAUGGGGAACAGUCUUAGAAGCACAUAUCAACCAAGGAAGAAACUUCCUGGAUCUCUCUUGCCCACUUGCCCAGGUAUAAUAAACACUAAAGGGGGGAAAAUUGAAAAGAGCUGCCGCUGGUCAACACAGCAGGGCAGUUCCAACUUAGGUUGGCAUCUUUCUUUUUCUUCCUUUUUUAAAAAAGUCUAUUUCUUAAAUAAUAAUAAAUGCACAUGAUGUGUUAAAUAUGUAUAUAUAUAUUUCAAAAGAAAAAAUGGGGCACAAGAUUGUCUUACAAGUCGUGCUGGCUAAUUUUUAGUUUGUAUUCAUAAGUGGUUUUUAAAAGCCUUUUUUAAAGUGUAAUUUGCAUGUUCUACUUUGAUUGUAUGUAAACAUAUUUUAGAACAAAAAAUGUAUUUGUAUUUUAUUGAAUAUAGAGGCGAGAAAAAUUGUACAUUGUUUGAAAUGUUCUUUUUGUAACAGUUUUUAUUCAUAAAGCAUUUUUGUACAUUUAAAAUGAACAUGGACUUGCUGUUAUUUGAGGCGUAGAUACAUCUGGCAUGCUUUACUGUCAUGCUCCUCCAUGGUCUUAGAUGUUGGGUUUUAAACAUUUUUUCUAAAAGAAAGCUCAGUCUUUUUCGCUACCAGAUCAGGUUAGCACAGUAUAGAGCACUUAACUAUUAAAAAAAAAAAGUUAAUCCUAUUCAUAUGUUAUUCAUUGUGUGAAAUUAAAGACAUUCAAUUCAGUCUAA